AUGUUGCAUUUUCUUGCGGUAGACGACAAUGUCAAAGUGCUGUACUCCGAUAAUGCGAUUGAGUUUGAUUACGCAGCUAAACAGCUGCGCUGCCGCCGCAACACGUCUAGAGCCUAUGUGGACGAAAACAAGGCGGUGAUAGAACGUGAAAUACGUACUAUCCUUGAGGGCACGCGUUCCAACCUCGUGCAGUCUGGACUACCGGAUCGCUACUGGCCCUUAGCUGCUCAACAUCAUGCUAUGUGCCUCAACAUCACGAAGAGGUUGGAUAAUGGUAAGGUACCUUGGGACAUCAGGUUUGGCGAACCAUUCAGUGGCAAGAAGAUUCCCUUUGGAGCAAAGGUUCUCUAUUGGGCACCCCCAAAUCCCAAAGCAAAAGACGCCUCAGAGGCCGAGUACCUCGUAGCACCAUUGUACGAGAUUCACAAUGCAAUCGAGAACGAUGCGUUCAAGGUCUUUCGUACCAAGAGGCUCGAAACCUUGGAAGGUGACUUUGUAUAUCCUCUUGCUGACGCCACCGGUGAGCCCAGUAAGCCACCCAACCUUGACGAUCAACAUUAUAACGCCAUUGAAGACAGGAACCCGCAUCCACCUCUGGAGGAGGGGGGCAAAGACCUUUUCGACGACAUCAACUUCGACAAUCGCCCUCUUUCCGAGUUCUACAAACCAGGUGAGAUUCGGGAGUACUUCGGGGAUUUGUUUGAUGACGACGAUAAUCCUCCAUUGGAAGAUGCGGAAGAUUUUGCCGCCCGCGAGGGCGAGUCGGAAGAAGCAACAAAAGCAAAGAAGAGGGCAGCUUUGCUCGAUGAUGUUCCUCAUUCUGUCAAGAGAAAUCUUGCCACAGUUUCAGCACCUACACCUCCGCAUGGUUACUUUUGGAACGGUGAAUGCCUCAUCAAGAAGAAGGGUAAUAAUUAA